AUGAAGCUUUGUGAGGUUCUCGCCCGGUCGUCAUGCACAGCGUUCUACAACAUCGCGAUGCUCAAUCUGCUGUCAGAAAUCGUCUCCACGAAGGCCCUGGCAAGCCGCUUCGAUACCUACAUACUGGGCGUGUUCAUAAUCUCGCGGUGCCUGUGGGUGUACAUUGCCCAUCGGCGCGCGCAAAGAGCUUUAAUUCUGGACUGGCACGAUAAGGGUGAAUAUGUGACGAAUGUUGGCUUUUUUGGGAGGCUGGACUUGAUGCUCAGCCUCACCAUGGUGGAGAUGUUUUUGAUCCCCAGGAUUGUCCGCGAUGUCGUGUCCCUCCUCCACCCUGACAAGAGGUGCCACCCGUUCACCUCUUUCGGAGGGAAGCUGUAUGGGCCGCGUUCAUUCAUCCUGGGUUUCCCCACGAAGGACAUGUACAUUACUGAGAGCCUGCAUGGUAUAGUGUCUCAAGUUCCAGUUCUGCUUGCAGAUGUUGUCCUGACUGCCAGCCUCUGUUGGACAUUGCGCGCCAAGAUAGGCCUCUUUUGCUUCUCCAUUCCCGAAGACCGGGAACGCUGGCUGUGGUGCCGAUGCAUGACAUGGCUUGUGCUUGUGCUGACUGUGGUGAACUUCGUCUUGAAGGUGAAUUUGUUUCGGCGAUACUUCAAUGCUCGCGGGCGCUACCGGGCGUGGCUCAAAGUGAAGUUGAACGACCCGAGCCAACCCGAUGCAUGCAGGCGUGCGCUGAAGAAGGAGUGGCGUGCGUAUUUCGGCGAGCUGAGCCAG